UCGUAAAUAUUCACUAUGUGAUAUUGCAACUUUGCGUUUGUUCCUUAACGUGACCAAUUGGUCUGCCCACUUCCCCCUAUCCGUCCUCUUUACGCUGGAUCUUUUCAUAGCUGGCAUCCUUGUGACAUUGCGUGGUCUUUGGUUUGGAUACCCAUGGCUCAACAUCGUAGACUUCCUACUUUUGCUGGUUCCCGCCUCCGCCUGAUGGACAUGUCCGCCAGCUCUGUGCCUUCUUUCUUUCUGCCCCCGGUCGUGACUGCGGAGGUGUUCAACCCUCUGUUGGGGAAUUACAGUAACGAAGAUUCCUGAACGAUACUCUAGGCCGACUACGUUCUCGUGGCGGCGUGUCUUCUCGGGGGUUUCCAAUUAUGGCUUGAAGAUACUAGGCUAUCGAAGGGUUUGCGCGUGUGUUUGUGCUCGCGGCAGCAUAAUUUCAUUGGACGUGCUGGUAUUCAACGUUAAUCUUCGUACUUGAAUUUAUCAUAGAAAAGAUGCAUACCACGCGAACAAACUGUGUUUGUACCUUAAUCCGUGGUCGUCCACGCUCAUCCACAUUUGUGGAGUCGACAUUCGGCCGUGUGGCGCAUGGUUUGUAGUACUUGCACGGGGUGGAUAUAGCCGGAAUUGGCAUGAUGCAAGGCGUGAGAGACUUGAUAUCUUCCUUGAUUUUCCUGUCUGCUGCCAAUUGGGCUGCCGAAAGUCGGUUUGCAAACCAGUCGUUUCGUAGAUCUCGGAGGUGGGGACGGAUGAAACAGCUACCCUCAUCUUGUUUCUCUUCUUGCCGAGACCGCCAUUCCAAGUAUCGCCUCUGUACUUGACGGUAGUGUUGUUGCAUCUUGAUUGAUGUAUCGUCGAUGGGGAGUCUUUGAGUUGAGGUGAUGCUCUUCUUAUGUUGAAGUGCCGAAUUAGACUGAGACUGGUGUAAUGAUGCUGAUUCCAUUAUUAGAUCUCGCGCGAGGUACCACUGAUAGAGCGGCGCGGACAAU